UCCAAUGGGCUUACCAGCCGAUGCUCCUGUUCGGGAGUUGAUCCAGGAAGAUGAAGAGGAAUGGGACCGAUCGUUACUAGAAAGCUGCUUUUCUUUGGAAGUUGUGCAAGCUAUAUGCUAAAUCCCUCUCCGUGGAAAUGGUGAAAAAGACGUUUUAAUUGGGAGGGGAUUGUGUAACCGGAGAAUACUAUGUUAAGGAUGGCUAUCAGUUGUGGCUCCAGCAUGUUAAGGACCAAGAAGGGAUUGGAUCGGUUGGUGAAGCAGGGAUGUGGAAGAGAAUGUGGUGAUUACAAUUCCCGUCCAAGAUCAAGGUCUUUAUGUGGCAGUUUGCAAGUGAAGUGUUGCCCACCAGAUAUCACAUGAGUGCUUUGAGUUGCAAAUGGAGUGACAAGUGUCCAUUUUAUGAUCUUCGCGAGGCACAACUGCAUCUAUUCGGAGAAUGCAGCUGGGGUUCCAAGAUUUGGAGAGCCUCAGCGGUGGCUGGCUGUUUCGAGCCGCAUGGCAGGGCGAUUGUUGGGAUUGGUUCGAUGCUGUAAUGGGAGGAAAGGACGAUGCGGAAGUUGAGAGCUGGGCGGUGCUAUUGUGGUUUCUCUGGCGGGAAAGGAAUGCUCAGUUAUAUAAUGGCUAUAAGUUCGCCGAUGAUGAAAUCGUUAUGAAAGUUGAGUACUUCUUGGAAAACUACAAAGUUCAUCAGGUUGAAGUAGACAGGGAAAUGAGCGCCCCUCCAAUUCGAGUAUGGAAGAAGCCGACUGCUGGGUCUGUUUCCAUUUGCACCAAUGCCACUAUUCUCCCUAAUAGUGGGGCAGGUCUCGGGGUGGUUGCCCACGGAGAUGAAGGACAGUUUUUGCUGUCCACUGCAAAGAGAAUACGAGGUCCUUGGGAUAUGGAAAUGGUGGAGGCUUUGGCGGCAGAAUUGGGAGCCCAGAUGGCAACAAUGCUGCAAGCAAUGAACCCGAUUUUGGAGAGUGAUUGUCUAACUCUUAUUCAGAAAAUGCAACGACCGGAAAAUGAUAUGUUGGAGUUGGGGAUAAUUUGCAGGAAUAUAAAGAGACAGCUAAAAGUCUUGGGGAAUUCUACUUGCAGAUACAUCUGAAGGGAAGCCAACGGAGCGACACACAUUAUGGCUAGAGUUAAGACCAAUUGGGAUGAACGAGUAGUGUGGUUGAGAGAUUGCUGAUGAUACUCUUGGAUCAGUUAAACCUGGAUUCUGUGAACUCUUCCUCUGAUUAAUAAGAGUAUACAGGUUCCUAUAAAAAAUGAUUUAUAGAAUAAACUAAAUUUAUUAAUUGGAGCAAUGCUUCAACUUUAGCUUAUAAACUUCAAGACACUUUCUUAUUUCUCGAAUAUGUGAAGGUGGAUAACGAAGACUUUUGAUAGUGUAAGAUAGAAGUGCCCCUCGUGUCGCCUCUUGUUUACCAUCUCCACGGAAGUGUUAAGUUGUAUGUUGAACACAUGCACAACCACCAAAUCUCAACCAUUCAAUCCCCAAUGUCAGUUAGAGGAUAGGGUUGUCACAUCUGUGUUUUGUGUAUUUUUUUGUUAAUAUUCACUAAAGGGUAUGAUGAAGGAGUUAAAGGAGUAAUUGAAACGCAUAAAUUCUGCAAGUUUUUCCUGUCUUACAUGUAAACAAAAUAAAGUGAACAAGUUUUGUGUUGGAAUGAGAGAUGAAUAUAGAGCUAAGAUACCAGAGAUAUCUUGGUUUCAGGAGAGAGUUUUACUGGCAAGGUACUUAAGUGUUCCCUGAUAGUAGGAAAGCUAAAAUCUGUAGAUUAUGCAACCUUAGUAGAGAAAAUAACAAAGAGAAUAAAGGACUGACAACCUAACAUGUUAACAUAUGCAAGAAAGCCCCAACCUACCAUUGAAGUGCUAGAAAGUGUGACAAAAUACUAGAUAAACAUUUUUGAGUAACCAAAAAAAGUACUUCAUACUAUUGAGAGAUAAUGCCCAAAUUUCCUUUAGGUGAUGCAGUAUAGAAGAAGAAGGAAAAGUUAUGUGGAAAGCAGUUGCAUUACCAAAGGAAGAAAGAGGCUUAGGUUUCAAAAAUUUGUAUAGCUGUAAUCAAGCUGCAUGGCUAUAUAUAUUUGGAACAUUUUUUACCACAAAACAUCAUGGGUUAAGUAAUAUGUGCUCAAGAAUAUGAGGGUGUAGAAGAAAAGGACUUUUGGAUCAUGUGCAUGGAACUAGAUACUCAAACUAAGAGGAAAUGAUAUGGUUGAGGUGACAUAAUAGGGGUGAAGUGGAAUGAUGUUCCAAUGUUGAAGUACAUGGUUAAAUAGGUGUGGGAAAGCCUAAGACCAAGCAUUUUCUUUUUCCAUUGACAGUUCAUGAACUUCAUUUCAUAUAGUUGUUGAUGGCACUAUAUUAGCACCUAAUGGGGGGCAUUGUACGUAUCACUAGAUAUGAAGACUCUCGACCAACUUUUGCGUGUGGUUGGUUUUUAACGGGUAUUGCAGACCUACUUAGUAGAAUUAAUGACAUUUAAGGAAGUCCUCCUUAUGCUAUCAUGGUAUUAAUAGUAUUGUAUAUGGUUUCACCUAUCUAGCUUGUGUGUGAAUCUGUAUGAAUAAAUGUCGCAAUUAUUAUGACGUUCCUCAAUCUUGCCCGAUUUUUCUCAAAGAAUAUCCAUGACCUAAAUAGGAAGAUAAUAGUGAAAUGCCGAUUUAAUACCCUGUUUCUUCUUAUGAUGGACAACAUUGACUUCAAGCAAGCAUAAAUUUCCAAACUACACUAGUGAGCGAGAGAAACAAAGUAUCACACGAGAUUUCAUCGAGGAUUUAAAGGUCGUAUUGAACCGGUAGGCUGCCAGAGAAAAUCUUUUACCAAGGCCUAAAUCGGUAGACAAGUCUUGAUGGACAAAAUACCCACGCUGACUUUUCCAAUACGACCUUCAUUACAACUUUACAACCCUUCAUUUCUACUCGUUACGAUUAACACUUCAUCUUAUUGCUUAACGUCUAGAAUAAAUUAUUUUAUCUGGU